UCCUGUGCCGAUUGCCUACCCGCUGCUUUCGGAUCGCGGUACCCUGUAGCGGCGGCUGCAGCAGACCCCCCGGGCUGACACUCGGUGCUAUAAUGCUGGGCAUGAUUAACCUUCAAGGGCUAACCAGGGAGCUGUCCCUGUACCUAGAGAGUCAAGUGCGAGUGGGGCUUUUCGGCUCCGGGGUGGGCUUGUCCUUGGUGCUGGGCUUCGGGGCAGCCUAUGCAUGUUACUACCUGACUGUCAUCGCGAAGAAGCCUCAGCUGGUGGUCGGGGGGGAAGCUUUCAGCCGUUUCCUGAAGCAGCGCUGCCCGGCCGUGGCGGAAACCUACUACCCCACGAUGUGGUGCUGGGAAGGCAGAGCCCAGACGCUGCUGAGACCGUUCAUCACUGUCAAGCCACCAGUGCAUUACAACAACGAGCUUAUUAAAACAGCAGAUGGAGGACAGAUUUCACUGGACUGGUUUAAUAAUGAUGAUGAUAAUACACUUUACCCCGACGCCAGCACAAGACCCACAAUCCUUCUACUGCCUGGUCUUACAGGAACAAGUCGGGAGUCCUAUAUCCUUCACAUGAUUAAACACAGCGAAGGACUAGGAUACAGGUGUGUUGUGUUCAACAAUCGAGGGGUUGCUGGUGAGGAACUCUUGACGCCGAGGACUUACUGUGCUUCAAACACAGAGGAUUUGGAGAGAGUCAUUCAUCAUGUGCACAGUCUGUACCCAGGAGCUCCACUUGUGGCUGCAGGAGUUUCAAUGGGAGGAAUGCUGCUGCUAAAUUACCUGGGUAAAAGUGGCCGCCAGACUCCCCUGCUGGGGGCCGCUGUGUUCUCGGCUGGCUGGGAGGUUUUUGAGUCGGCUACAACCCUCGAGAAACCCGUCAACUGGAUACUUUUCAAUUACUAUUUAACAACCUGUCUGCAGGCUUCAAUUAUCAGACACCGGGCUGUUUUGGAGAAGCAAUUUGAUAUUAAUUACAUCCUGAAGGCAAGAUCCAUUCGGGAGUUUGAUACAAGGUUUACGUCGGUGAUGUUUGGAUAUCCAACAAACAAUCACUACUAUAAAGAUGCAAGCCCAUGCCACAGGUUAAAAUCAAUCGAGAUACCGGUGCUCUGCCUUAAUGCUAUGGAUGAUGUUUUUUCACCAGGACAUGCAAUUCCUGUGGAAAGUGCCAAACAGAACCCAAAUAUAGCUCUGGUGCUCACAGCGUACGGAGGCCAUAUUGGUUUUCUUGAAGGAAUUUGGCCAAGACAGCAAACUUACAUGGAUAGGGUUUUUAAGCAGUUCGUGCAGGCUAUUUUCGAGAAUGGAAAUGAAAUCCACAAUAUGUAACGCUACCUAACACUGAUUGAUUUUUUUUACAUAUCUUAAAACUCCUUAAUGUACAGUGGCAGGUAUGGAAAUAGCUAAUCCAAUUUAUGCAACUUAUACGUUAACCCACGAGUUGCUGAUGAAGCCUGAAAUUAACUAUUUGAGUCAGAAUAAAUUGGUACUCAAAAGACUAUGCCUCUACAGAAGGAAGCACAUGGGGUUAACAACAGCACUUGCAAAUGCAUAUACAUAUGUAUUUUUUAUUUAAACAAGAACAUACAGGAAUGUUAGCAUUUUCUAUUUUUUUAUGUUACCACUAAUGACCUUAAUGAAAAUAAACUUUGCAUACAUUGAGCUGCACUCCACCAAAAUCAUAAUGUACAGAGAGAAACAUUCCUCAGGGUUUUCGUAUAGGCAUUAUUUUUUUUGCCUAGAACGGCAAGCAUUGCCAAAUUACAAAUGUGAAGGAUGCUCAGAUCCUGAUUUGUUAUAACGUAAUGCAUGCUUAUGGGGCCAUUGUAACAAUAUAUAUAUAUAAAUAAUAUAUGAAAUAUAAAAAGGAAUGAAGAACGUAUGAUUGCACAAUGUAUUGAUCAAAUCUAGCAAAUGUGUAUUGUAACAAUAUUCAUUAGAUUGCUACUUAAUUUAUUGUGUGUACCUUACAUGGCUUUCAACAGAUAGCCGGUUCUUGUAAUAUUAAACGGUGUCCUUUUUACUUAUUUAUUUCGAAACCAGCUAAUUUUGAAUUUCUUUUAAUAUAUUUUUGUUCAUUGUUAAAAUAAACAAUUUUAUUUUAACC